AUGCACAUCUUGGUCACUAAUGAUGACGGCCCACCGUCCUAUCAGUCCUCGCCAUACGUACAAUCAUUGGUCGCCGAACUACAGGCGGCAGGGCAUCAAGUAUCGGUGAUACUUCCAGAUGUACAGAGGUCAUGGAUUGGUAAGGCACAUAUGGUGGGUCAGACGUUGACACCAAAAUACUAUCGACCAGGUACCCUGCUCAAGGAUGAUGGCACCCAUUCAGAAAAGCCGUUCGCCGACAACCAGGAGGAAUGGGUACUCGUAGAUGGCACACCAGCGAGCUGCGCGCAGCUCGGCCUGCAUCACGUCUUCAACGACAGAGGUCCCAUCGAUCUGCUGGUCAGCGGACCGAAUUAUGGCCGUAACACCACGGCACUCUUCGCUCUUUCAAGUGGAACUCUUGGAGGAGCGUUGGAAGGCGCUGUGAACGGCAAGAAGAGCAUUGCUCUGUCUUACGCCUUCGACUCUAGAGAGCAUGAUCUGGAAAUCAUCACAGAGGCGUCGAAGCUGAGUGUUCGCCUCAUCGAAAAGUUUGCCCGAGACUGGGCGGACGAUGUGCACGUCUACAGCAUCAACGUCCCCGUUCGCAAAGGGGUCACAAACAAUAAAAUUGUCUACACGGAGAUGAUCCAGAACGAAUGGUCCAGUGGCAGCUCUUUCAAGGAGAUGCCCGCCGAUGAGAGUGAUGCUGAUCCGAAUAAGGAGGAGCAUAAGAUCCGCGAGCAGAACGAGCUCAACGGAGAUGCGCAGCCCAAGGCCACCACGCGCAAACAUGCCACUUACAAAUGGGCGCCUCAAUUUCAGGAUGUGAGGACGGCCGUCGAGAACGCUGGAUCCGGGGAUGGUUGGGAGGUGCUGCAAGGCAAUGUGAGCGUUACGCCACUUCGGGCCAACUUUUGGCACCUUCCGCACUACAGGGGCGAGAUCAAGCUUGAUGCUGUCGAGCGCAUAGCGAUGCGCAUGGCUCCGAGAUCAGAGAUCAGACCAGUAUUGAAUGCCAUGAUAGACUACCCAGACUCAUACGUCCAAUCGCUCGUUCUUCAGGCUGUACUGAAGCUGGAUGACCUUGACAUCCGUCCCGUUGGGGCCUUGCACGAAGUCGCCGACAAGACCCGGCCUCUGCUGCAGAUCACAGCAUAUGAGAGCCUAGACUUUGAACUCGCCUUGGAACACUCUCGAACAUCACUGAUUUGCGCAUAUGCAAUCCGCAAAGCGCUCAUUCGCAAGCACUAUUUGUCCAACACUGUCUCUACUUGGCUCGUUAAGCACCCAGAGAGCGUCCUUUCGAAGCGCUUCAAAUCGUGCAUGCAUUUCGAAUUGGACUUCGCAGAGUUUCUCGACGACGCAUUAGUCGAUGCAUGGGAUCUCAAUGAGAGUAUGUCUCGCAAUGAAUCUAUACCUGCAAUUUCCCAGCGCGAGUGGUGGAUACUGAAACCUGGCAUGAGUGACGGCGGGAACGGCAUCCGAUUGUUUUCCACUUAUGCUGAGCUACAAGCUAUCUUCGACGAAUGGGAAGCUGAUAAUCCAGAGAGCGAAGAUGAAGAAGACACGACUCUUGAUGCAGAUGAGGAUGAGUGUGGCGUCAAUGGAAACGAGGGCGGCGGUGCAAUGACUUCUCAGCUUCGUCAUUUCAUCGCGCAGCCCUACAUCCCGAAUCCUCUCCUCUUCCGAGAAUAUGGAAAACGCAAAUUCCAUAUCCGAACAUAUGUCCUUGCCGUUGGGGCGCUCAAGGUUUAUGUCUAUCGACAGAUGCUCGCCUUGUUUGCGGCUAAGCCAUACACUCCUCCCUCGGACGACGCACGAGCAAUGGACCUUGCAGGUCAUCUGACAAACACAUGUUUCCAGGACGACUCGACGAAAGAAACUUCUGUGCACCAGUUCUGGGCUCUGCAGAACGGGCGAUCCGAUGAUUGGCAGGAAAAGGUCUUUGCAGAUGUCUGUGAGACUACUGGAGAAAUCUUCGAAGCUGCUGCCCGAGAACAAAUGGUCCACUUUCAGACCAUUCCCAAUGCGUUUGAGAUCUUCGGUGUGGAUUUCCUCGUUGACGAGAGUCUCAAUGUCUGGCUUCUCGAGUUGAACGCGUAUCCGGAUUUCAAGCAAACGGGCGAGGGUUUGCAAGACACCGUCGUUGGCGGGCUGUUUGACGAAGUUGCGAAGGUGGCCAUCUCUCCGUUCUUCGAUCCAGAUUCGCAGCAUUUACGUCAAGGCACGGAGGAUCUACCGCUGGUGCGAGACUUGAACCUGGGUCGUGGUUGA